CCGGGGCAAUACUAGAACGUAGUGGACCUGUUAUUGGUAUCUAAUCUUGUUGAGUUGUUCUUGUGGUAUAGAUUACAUGAAAGUGAUAUGAAAUUGUGUGUCCUUCCAUGUGCUGAUCAUCGGCGUUGAGCUGAUGACUGCUAUAAUUUCCCAAAUGUGGAUGUAUUUGUUCUUUUAUGUCACCUUUUUAUACAGUUAAGCAAUGGAUGAUCAAACUGUGCAGAAGCUAUGCCACAUGUUGGCUAGUUGCGAGGAGUCAACUCGAUCGCAGGCCCUCAACAGUAUCUCCGAAUUGUUCUCUGAGGUCACAUGUCUUGUGGACGAGUUAACUUUACUAAAGCUGACUAAGGCUUUAUAUUUCAUGCUAUGGUUGACGGAUAAACCUCUAAAAGUUAGGAAGGUUGCUGUCACCAUUGCUGAUUCUCAAUCACAUUUUGUUGAUAGACGCAAUAGAUUUGCAUUUUUCGAUGCUUUAUUUAAGUCCAUGUCCAUGGAGUGGCCUAAUCUGGACAAGAAUCGUGUAGACAAGAUGCUAUUGUUCGUUCGUAUAGUUUUGGCUGCACUAUUGGAGCUACUUAACAACGGAAAAUGGGACUUGAAUGAGAUUAAUCGCUUCAAUGAUAUCGUAUUGAAUAAAGAAGGCAUAUUUCACAAACGCAGUGCUGGAUUGGCAUUUCAAUUUAUUCAAGUAUUUUUUGAAGAGUUUGAGGCCAACCGUGUUGAAUUUGACAAAACAAACUCGUGGUCUGAGUUAAGUGCUAUUGGUUACCUCCACUUAAUGAAACCAUUUCUGCAUCUUACAUUGCUGAAUGACAAUCGCCAUUUGAUGAAGACCUUAUAUAUGUACGUAUUAAGUCGUGCUGCUGAUAUCGCUGGUGCUCCUACGGAUGGCUAUAAGGUCCUGUUGAAUAGAUUUUCUCAGGCUUCAUUCGCCAGUAAAUAUAAUGUGAAGUUGGUCUUAGAACCCUUACUAGAGCAGUAUAGUAAAAUAGACUGCUCUGACGACGAGCUGGACGCCCAUGCUAAGGAGGCGGUAGCAUCCAUGGAGGCAUCAAUUAAUGAUGCCGGCAACAACCACGUUAAAACCCGUAAAACUAAGAAAAGUGAUGUUGCUGAGGAGGAAGACGUUGCCCCGAGUCUAGUGGAUGUAACCGAUGAAUUGGAAGCUGAUGACUACAGCAUAGAUGAGGAGGAUGACGGUUACAUCAGCCUUGCUGAAGCCUUUACUCCGCGUAAAAGUAAUCGUAAAUUCGGCAAACAUUUGAAAGAAAUUGCUACUUUGGACACACUUCGGAAGUACCUGCUGUCUUCUAAGCAAGACAAGCAUCAUCUAUUGGAUAAGCUGAAUUCACCCAGAUUAAGAAGGCAGAUGACGCUAUUGUCGUUACAUAACAUAAGGCUAUUGAAUCCUGACCGCAGGUUCAAAUGUGCUCGCAAGUUGCACAGGAUUAUGACUAUCACGGAUACUGUUCAAAACAUGCCUAGCAAACGUCGUUCCAUUGACGUUGCAAAGGCACUUCACAACAUUAAGCAUGCAAAGCCGGAGAAAUCUAUUGUCCGCAAGCGCAAAAGCAAGGUCACUGAACCCAAACACGUUGUCUUCAAUUUAAAAAACAACCAAGUCGCCACCAUACCCAAGAAGGCAAAGAGCACCCUCACCAUGCCGAUGUGGUAUUGAGCAGUGAACGGUAAUACGCACGCUGCACGGUACCUUUCCGGUAAAUGCAUUGCAUAGGAAAGCAAUGGCUAGUGGCCCCGUUUGUGCCACGCAAACUCCUGUUGGCAUAUACUGACAUCACGUCCAACAACAGCGUACAGAUAUAGUUAAUAUUUACGCGAUUAUU